UAGUCAUUUUUAUCGUGAUUACGUGAUUUUUGCGAAUGGAACUGGAAAUUAAUAAUUUCGCAUUAUGAAUUACUUUAUUUAUCUUGUUUGUGUUGGUUAAACGUUAAUUGCAAUUAUCACCAAUUAACGUAUAAUUAGUAUUCGUCGUCAGUGAUAAUUCACCAAACUUGUGUUCAUUUUUUAUCGUUCGAAAUAAUUGUGUUGCUUUUCUACCAAGUGUUUUCUUUUCUCCGUUCCACCAGCAGCAUUCUAAUAAGCUUAAAAAAAUGCCUGUGUUUCAUACAAAAACCAUCGAAAGUAUUUUAGAACCUGUCGCUCAACAAGUUUCACGAUUGGUUAUCCUUCACGAAGAAGCCGAAGAUGGAAAUGCUAUGCCAGAUUUGUCUCGUCCAGUUCAAGCUGUCAGUAAAGCGGUCACAAAUCUCGUCAAAGUUGGAAAAGAAACGAUAAAUAGCAGCGAUGAUGCGAUUUUAAAACAAGAUAUGCCGGCUGCUUUGCACCGGGUCGAAGAUGCCUCGAAAUUAUUGGAAGAAGCUUCAGCCAUGCUGAAAGCUGAUCCUUAUUCGGGUCCAGCUAGGAAGAAAUUGAUCGAAGGAUCUCGAGGUAUUUUACAAGGAACGUCGUCUCUUUUGUUGUGUUUCGACGAAUCAGAGGUUCGAAAAAUUAUUCGAGAAUGCAAGAAGGUUCUGGAUUAUCUGGCUGUAGCCGAAGUUAUCGAAACUAUCGAGGAUUUGGCUCAAUUCUUAAAGGAUCUUACUCCAUGUUUGAGCAAAGUUUCCAGAGAAGUAGGCGAUCGAGAAAAGGAAUUGACUCAUCAAGUUCAUCGUGAAAUUUUAAUCAGGUGUUUGGAACAGGUCAAAGAACUCGCACCUAUUUUGAUAUGCAGCAUGAAAAUAUUUAUUCAUAUUAUAUCCGAAGGUGGAAAAGGAGCAGCUGAAGCGGCCGAAAAUCGUAACUACUUGACAUCCCGCAUGACCGAAGAAUUACACGAAAUUAUUCGAGUUCUACAGCUGACUACGUACGACGAGGAUGAAUGGGACGCGGACAACCUGACUGUGAUGAAAAAAGCGUGUAACGCUAUUCAAAGUAAAAUCAGAAGCGCUCGCGAUUGGUUACUCGAUCCAUUAGCAGUUCGUGGAGGUAUCGGCGAACGAUCUUUGCGUCAGAUUUUGGAACAUGCUGUCGAAGUGGCCGAACGUGCUUUGCCCAGCGAUCGCGAUGCUAUCAAGAAAAUGGUCUCGGAGAUUACCACCAUGGUGGAUGCUUUGUGCGAACUCAGGGAUGAUGGAAAGGGUACUUCGCCUCAGGCUGAAGGUUUGGCUCGAGGUAUCGAAGAGAAACUCCAAGAGCUUAAUAAAAUUGUAUCGAAUUCGGUGACCAAUUUGGAGAAGUGGGGUGGUCAACAACCAGCUCAUACGGUCUCGGGUCGAUUGGAACAAGCUCAGAAAUGGUUAUCGCAUCCGGAACGCGAUGAUAAAGGUCUAGGGCAAAGAGCCAUCGCUCUGAUCAUCGCUGAAGGAAAAAAGGUAGCCGAUGGUCUUCCAGGUAUCCAACGUGCGGAAAUCUUAUCACUCUGCGAUGAAGUCGAUUAUUUGUCGAAUCAAUUGAAUGAUUUGUGUAAAAGAGGUCUUGGCAAUACUCCAAAAGCACAAGAAAUAGCGAAGUUAUUGUCCCAGAAACUACACGAAUUGAAAGAUAAAAUACAAGAUGCCGUAGUAAACAGAGUAGUCGAAGACUUUAUCGAUAUCGUUUCACCGUUGAAACAUUUCACCGAAGCUGUCCACGUUCCAGAAGGUACACCAGGACGCGAGGCCAACUUCGAAGACCGAGCCAAUUACUUAUCAGAUUGGUCUCGUCGAGCAGCUAAAACUGGCAAAAUGGUAGCAGCCGGUGGAAGUGGCGGUAACAAGAAGUUAGCCGAAGCUUUGGUCAACUCCGCCAAUCAAUUGGAAUCUUUAACGCCUCAGUUGGUGAACGCCGGUCGUAUUCGUAUGAAUUAUCCUAACAACGCAGCUGCCGAUAAACAUUUCGAAAACUUACGUACCCAGUACGCGGAUACAGUUGGAAAAAUGAGGAAUUUAUGCGACGAAGCUACCGAUUCGGCACAUUUCGUUAAAAUAUCAGAGGAACAAAUGAGAAAACACGCUUUGAUGUGCGAGGAUGCUAUUUUGAAACGCGAACCGAAUAAAAUGGUCGACCAUACCACUGCCAUAGCUCGACUUGCCAAUAGAGUAUUACAAGUUGCCAAACAGGAGGCUGAUAACUCCGAAGAUCCGUCAUUCAUCGCUGAUAUUACUCGAGCUGCAGAUGCUGUUCAAGCAGCUGUCGCACCCAUGGUGCAAGAUGCCAAAGCGGUUGCUCUCAAUAUCGGAGAUUCGGCAGCAGCUUCGAGAUGGCGUGAAUCAAACAAACGAUUACUCAAUGCUGUGGGUAAUGUUAGAAAAACUCUAACGAUACCUGGAGAUUUGAACGGAUUACAUAUUAAUGAUGUUGACGAGUAUCCGAAAUACAGACCGGAACCAGUUGUAAAAACUCAUCCGAUGUAUAAUAGAGAUCUUGAAAACCGAAUUUCUCCACCUAAACAGUACAGAACCGAUUUAUAUCAAGAAAUUGCUCCACCUAGACCACCAUUGCCAGGCGGGGAAGUUCCUCCUCCUCGUCCUCCACCACCAGAAACUGACGAUGAAGAUGAUAUGUUUAUGCAUGCACCUUUACCAAACCAACCGAUUAUGGCUGCUGCUCACGGUUUACAUCAAGAAGUACGCCAAUGGUCUAGUAAAGAUAACGAAAUCAUCGCCGCUGCUAAAAAGAUGGCUUUACUGAUGGGUCGAUUAUCGCAACUCGUUCGAGGAGAAGGUGGCACCAAACGUGAUCUAAUCGAUUGUGCCAAAGCUAUCGCCGAAGCUUCCGAAGAAGUGGCUCGUUUAGCUAAAGAAUUAGCUAGAGAAUGUACCGAUAAACGAAUGCGAACGAGCUUGCUUCAAGUUUGCGAACGUAUACCGACCAUCGGAACCCAAUUGAAAAUCUUGUCUACCGUCAAAGCUACCAUGUUGGGAGCUCAAGAAAUACUACCAAGAAUGGAAAAUGCAGAAUUACAAGGCGGUUCGGAAGAAGACCAAGAAGCUACCGAUAUGUUGGUGGGUAAUGCGCAAAACUUGAUGCAGAGUGUCAAAGAAACCGUACGAGCAGCUGAAGCAGCUUCCAUUAAGAUUAGAACAGACGCUGGUAUUCGUCUAAGAUGGGUCAGACGUCAACCAUGGUAUCAUUACUAAUGCGAAUCAAAAAUUCCUAAUUUAUUAUCGAAAUGCCGUUACAACGAGGUCGCGUCGAUGACCUUUGGAGCUUAAUUUAUUACUUCCAUUACGUUUACGUGCCUUGUCAUCGAAUAUGUCGACUACAGUGGAGACUUUUUAUGCGUUUUUGCAACUUUUUAGUAACUUAAUAAGCAAAUUAUUAAAAUAUUUAUUAAUUCUUUUUUUCUACGCGAUUGGCUUUUUAGUAGGUAUUUAAUUUACUAUACGUCAUCACUCUGUAACGUUCUAUCUAAUUGUGUUAAUAUGUAUUCGAUACUAAUUGCAGUAUUACUUGUUAAGCAUGCCCUUGUAUAAUUACGUGUUACCAAAUUUUAAAUAAUUAAAGUCUUGCCUUUCAAUACUCUUAA